AUGAUGCAUCUGCUAAAUAUUGUGUCCAUCGCCCUGCUGCAGUGGAGCUUCGUUAUACUUGCUUUCGCGAAUAGAAAAUCAUCGGUAAGUUUGAACUGAUCUCAGCAUUUCUUACGAUUACUUGUUUAGCCAUUUUUUCAAGGAUUCAGUAUAAAAAUUGCGGGUAGUGGUGCAUUAGAGGAACUUGUUAAUUCUACCUCCUACUAAACAUUCCACAAUCCUCGCAUAUUUAAAAAUUCAUAAAUAACUUUUGCGCUCCUCUCCGUUAAUUUUCCUUCGUCCCUUGCAAACCUUGAAUUACUACGGCAAUAAUAAGUUAUGAGCUUUAUCACUUUACCCGUAUCGUUAAAUCAACCUUAUAAUAAAAUGGGAAGAAAGUUGUUUACCCACGGUUUGUGUAUUUUCAGUUGGUGUACAAAAGCUGAAAGCAGAGAAGAAGUAGUUGAAGUUUUGCAGUUUGCUGAACCGUAAACUACAUGUCUAUCUAAUGCUCUAAUGCUCGUGUUUUAUUAUAUCAAUUUUCUUGAUGCUGUCUUCCAUUGAGAAUUUAUUUUCAUCUAAGAAGCAUGACUCGCUUAUUAUCGCCUUCCUGUUAUCAAAGACACGGCCCAAUCCCAUCACUCUCCACACCAAUGCAGCUUCAUCUAUUGUUUCUUCCCCACCAGUGCUGUCAAGGUCCACCUGGCCAACCGGGAACACCAGGAACGCCUGGUAUCCCUGGGAAUCCAGGAACACCAGGGACAUCUGCUUACUGCGGCUGUGGUCAGAGUGGUGCUGGAAAUUCUCGACGGUGGAAACAAUGCGCGUGGGCACACGACAAUACAAAGGAUGGCAGAGACAAUGGAAAAGUGCAUGUAAGAAAAUCAGUUACUGUAUUAUGAUGAAAAUAUAUCAUUUCCUUUAACAAUGAGACGCGACCAGUUUACGUUUUGUAAUACGGAAUAAAUUCCUCACGCAGUACAGUGCGGUUCCUCGCGAAGGUUGUGCCAGCUUUGAGAUGAUUACGUCUGUGAUUAGUGAUGCUGCAUCAUUUUCAUCAUCGUUCAUAAAAACAAACGAACAAAAAACGAUUAAUCUUAGAAUAUUUUUGACAGAUUUCCUUCUGUCUCGAAAUUCUAGAAGUUUGACCACACAGCUAUACCUGAGAAGAGUAAAUUGGGCUUGACUCUCGAACUGAGAAUAACGUAAUUUACAGUAGAUUCUGUCAUAGACCGUUUUUAUCAAAAUAGUCUAUAUGCGGAAUAACCUCCUUGAUCAACGUUUCCAGGAGUGUGACUUUGUCAAGCUCAGGGGUGAUUCAUACCUUCGUGUGGUUGACAUGGGCAAUAUUCGUAUCACUGGCUGCACAGCGUGUUGUAAGAGAUGGUUCUUCACUUUCAAUGGAGCAGAGUGCAAAGUUCCCGCUCCCAUUGAUGACUCCUUGUACCAAAGCGCCAAUAUGAACGUUCACAGACCCACCAGCAUAGAGGGCUAUUGUGGCGGAAUUGCUGCUGGUAAAGUUCGUGUUAGAUUCAGCGUUGGCAACUGUGGUGUGCCUCUUAACAACAAUGGGGAUACUUACACAGGCUCUAACCAGGCCAACAGAGUUAUCAUUGAAGAAGUUGAGCCACCAGUCGGUUAAAAGCUAAAUCUAUCUCUUCAAAUAUUUUCAAAUUACUCUCAAAUAAAACUGCGAUGAUUCUUAUGGCGUGUUAACUGAUUUGUGAGCCGAAUUCUACUUUUUCUUCGUUAAGAUGAAGAGCAACACUCGAGCUUGGAUUCGGAGUUUCUUUCCCGAAAUCCUUUUUUAAUAUAAUGUAUGUUUCCUUCAAAUAUGGCAAUCCAUAGUUGUUAACGGAAAUAUAAACUUCGAGAGUAAAACAUGUAUAAAGUGGAGUUUAAUCUAUUAAAAGGG